AUGGCACACCCGCUCCGCUCCUGUUGGCAUCCUACCGUGCUCGCCAGUCUUCUGGCUCCGUCUCCGCCGCGAAGCCCCUCCGGCAAACACUGCACGCCGGCAGCGGCUCGGAACAACGUUUCAAGUCGUAUGAGAUCACCGGCAGACUAUCCAGAAGCAACAGGCCAACUUAAAUGCCGAACGCUGCCACCUAUCUCAGUGACCCAACUCAACACGAAACUAGCUCCCAAACGUCAAAUCAACAACGCAGAGUUCCGAGCCCGAACUAUCUUGCUUGGCACAACACCCUCACUACACACCAAAAUGGAACGUACCAACUUUGUCAAGGUUAGCCCAGUGAGCGCCACAUCCGGGUGA